CCUCCAUGACACGGAAACUAGCAGACCGUGGAGAGAUUGGUCAGAGUGUACAAAGUGCUGUUGUUUGAUCAAACACCCUCCCUGUCAUAGGACAUAGCAGCACACAUCAGAACAGAGACAUGAGCAAUACAUCUAAAGAUCUCCUGAUCAUCUAUGAGGCAGAGGCUGAGCAGUGGGCAUCCUACCUGCACUUCCAUCUGGUAGGCCCCAUUCCUGAGGCUGGCAUCUGUUGUUAUGAUAUUGCUUUGGUGACCAGUCACCGGGAUGACUUCCUGCGACUUGGUGGAUACAAAUGUAAGCUGCUUAUCCUGUCGCGUGGCAUGCUGGAGGGGCUAUGCCAGCUCCGGCGGUUCUUUCUGGCUCGUGUAUUGCGACCAGAGAAGAGUGUGGUGAUUCUCUUGUGUGGAGUAGAAAGCUUGGAUCCUCUGCUAGAGCUGGUUCCACUGAAGGGAGAGCAGUGUCUCCAAAUCUCCAGCGAGCAGGAGCCCCAGGACUAUCAACUGGCUGUGGCAGAGAUUGUACACAAAGGUGGACAGGCAGCAGCAGUGGAAGGAAUAUCAGUCCAGGAGCUGAAAAUACAGAAGAAACUGUCUAGUGGUCCUCUUGUCGCAAAUCACUCUUUACUGGUUCUACCCAGCCGUGUACCAUGUGAGAAUCCAAUGGAGAUCUUCAUUCUUCUGCAGGAGGCCAUGGCCAGCAAAGAUGCAGAGGUGGAGUUCAGUGGGAAUAAGCAGCGAGUGAGAGUGAAGCCUGUAAAUUGGAAUGAGAGCACACUGAAAGUGAAUGCACCUGAUUUUACUGCUGGACAUGUGAUUGUAACACUUUACAGUAAAGGCCUUGUGAAAGGCAGUGCCUGCUUACAAUACUACACCAUCAUGGAAGAUAUUGCCCACUUCCUUCAGCAGGCUGUUGAUCCUGUGAAGUUUAUGUGCCAGGCUUUUCAGGUGUCUUCCUUGGAGAAGCUGGAUCAAACUCUGGCUUCUUGUUUAAUGCUGAAAAUGCCAACAGGUGGUUUCCAGGGCCUGCAGUGUGAUCAGUCUCCUGCUGGAGAGUGUCAUUCAGAGGACAUUCCUACUCUCCUGCAUUUUGCGGCCCAGCAUGGGUUGCGAGAUCUGGCCAGUGCUUUGCUGCAGUGUCCUGGAUCCCGACAGGCCCUUAAGAUCCCCAACAGCCAUGGACACACACCACUGGAUCUUGCACACGUACAUGGACACAACCAGCUCUACAUUCUCCUACAAGAGUCCUUGACACUAGAUGACAAUGAUGGCAACACUGACACCAGUGUUUAUGAGUUGAUGGGAAGAGCAGAUAAUCUUUGGUUGGUUGAUCCUAAUGAGGAACACCAAAACAAUGAAGAUGAAAAUGUCUAUACUCCCCUGGGUAGAGAUGUGGAAGAGUAUGACACCAUCCUCACAUCCAGCAGCUCUGUAGUAAUAGUGAACCGCCCCCCUGCACCGACCCCUCGGCCUGACUCCCUUCCUACCCCAGAGGACAAGACUCCCUUCAUCGCACAAGUUUUCCAGAAGAAAAAGUCGCAAGGAGAUGCUGAAAUGUUGUACUCUUUUCCCACAAGACAGGCGAGGCAGAGGGACAGCAUCUCAACCACUUAUGACACCUUUGUGCCCAGUCAGCCACCAGGACUGGACGAGCUGAUAAAACUUCAGCAGGAGGUGAAGAUGGGCUCUCUGAGUAUAGAUGAUGCUUUGGAUCGAUUCAACGACUGGCAGAGGCUUCAGAAGGGAAUGGAUAGCAUCCAACAGGAGAAAAUACAGCAGCUGAGGGCUAGUAUCAUCAGCAACAGAGAGGAUGAUGAAAGUGUCUAUGAUAAAAUCAGCAUCAUUCAUCACACACCAACUGCAUCUGCAAAUGAGUGUCGUAGAGCGAGUCAGCAAGCGGACACUGAGUUCUACAGUAAACCUAUAAAAGGACAGAAUUCAAAUGUCUUCAGGAGGGCAGACAAACAGUAAGAUCAUCCUGAUUGUGGAAUCACUGAUCUGUGAAAGAAAUGCACUAAACAGGAACUGAUACAAUAUAGUGUACAUUGAUAUCAACAAUAUCGUGGCAAUUCAAUACUAUUUUACAUGCUAAUUGUGGCUAAUUUUUUUAUUUUUUUUAUUUUAAUGAUUCAUUUUGUACAUGUUCAUAUGAUCUGCUGAUGGUUAAGGUGUGAGGUUAGUGGUGGACCUUCAUGGUUACUUUUUUUCUAAAAAUCAUACAUUUUCAUACAAAUAACAUAUGAAUUCAUAUGAAAGUGCCUAAAAUAGUGAAGGAUGGUUAAUAUCCAGUGUAAGAGCAAUAAUAACUAAUUAUUCACUUUUAUUCAUAUUCCACUAGGGCAAUUCUUUAGAAUAGGGAAUACUAUUCACUAUUAGUUGCUUAUUAACAUGCAUAUUGCUAACAUAAUGUCUGUUUAUUAGUACUUACAAAGAACAUAUUAAUGCAUUAUUUUGCAUGACCAUAUUCUAGAUCCCUUAACCCUACUCCAUAUCUAAACAUAACUACCACAAACAACUACCUUACCUACUAUCAAUAAGCAUCAAAUUGGAAGUUUAUUGAGAGAAAACUCUUAGCUAAUAGUGAAUAAGUGUUCCCUAAUCUAAAGUGUUACCCCAACUAUUGAUUAUUUCAUUCUCCCAUUAUUUCUUCUGUUUAACUGACUGCUCAAGAUUUUGUUGUACAUUUUAUACAGAGAUCUUUUUGUAUCUUUCACUGCCACUUUUUAUCAAAAAAUCAUUUAGACAAUAUAUUGACAAUUUCUUUACAAUUUUGCCAAUAAAGAAAA